AUGUCAGAGAAAUUCCACUGUCGAGGAGAAAUUUCCAUCCUGCAGACAACCUGUCCAAAUAGUCCAUCCUGCAGACAACCUGUCCAAAUUAGUCCAUCCUGCAGACAACCUGUCCAAAUUAGUCCAUCCUGCAGACAACCUGUCCAAAUUAGUCCAUCUGCAGACACACUGUCCAAAUUAGUCCAUCCUGCAGACAACCUGUCCAAAUUAGUCCAUCCUGCAGACAACCUGUCCAAAUUAGUCCAUCCUGCAGACAACCUGUCCAAAUUAGUCCAUCCUGCAGACAACCUGUCCAAAUUAGUCCAUCCUGCAGACAACCUGUCCAAAUUAGUCCAUCCUGCAGACAACCUGUCCAAAUUAGUCCAUCCUGCAGACAACCUGUCCAAAUUAGUCCAUCCUGCAGACAACCUGUCCAAAUUAGUCCAUCCUGCAGACAACCUGUCCAAAUCCAUCCUGCAGACAACCUGUCCAAAUUAG